CUGUGGCAGUUCCCGUGCCGGAACACGAGGAUACGCUCUCUCCUCAUGCAAACUCUAUGAUCCGAGGGCGCCGCUGUGACCCCGGAAGUAAUUCUGGGAGGUCGGGGCAGCAAGAUGGCGGCGCGGUCAGCGGUGGUGUCUGUUUGCCGGCGCCUCUGGCAGGACUUGGGGAGUUUUCCCAUAAAUGGUUUUAAGGACAGUGCAACCAAAAAUGGGGGUUUUCUUCUCAGUACCAAUAUGAAGUGGGUACAGUUUUCAAAUCUACACAUCGACGUUCCUAAGGAAUUGACCAAACCUAUGAUAACCGUUUCUGAUGAACCAGACACACUGUAUAAGCGACUGUCCAUUUUAGUAAAAGGCCACGAUAAGGCCGUAUUGGACAGCUAUGAGUAUUUCGCUGUGCUUGCUGCUAAAGAACUCGGGAUCACUAUUAAAGUACACGAGCCUCCAAGGAAGAUAGAGCGAUUCACGCUUCUCAAAUCCGUGCACAUUUUCAAGAAGCACAGGGUUCAGUAUGAAAUGAGGACUCUCUACAGGUGUCUGGAGUUGGAGCGUCUGACUGGAAGCACAGCGGAUGUCUACUUGGAGUAUAUUCAGCGAAACUUGCCUGAAGGGGUUGCCAUGGAAGUAACAAAGACACACUUAGAACGGCUACCAGAACACAUCAAGGAGCCCAUCUGGGAAACAGUACCGGAGGAGAAAGGAGAAAGCAAGUCAUGAAGCCUGGGCCCCUGAGAGGGGCGGACCCGACGUGUGUGCACAGCGAGCGCUUCCUGCUGGCGGACGCUGAGUCUGCUCUGUGCUCAGGCCUGCUGCGUGGGAGUGCGGCUGGCACCCCGAGGACAGACUUGGUUGGGGCAGGACCGCCUGGGCUGUCCUUCACACUUACGUGUGUUUGUUUCAGCUCUGACCUUAACAAACAUGAACAAACCACUUUGACUAUAAA